GAAAUUAUAGUGCCCGUAAAAGCCGCGGGUAUUGUGGAUGGACGAAGACCUCAAGACUUUGAUAAGCUGGAGCAUCACAAAAUGUGGCUGGGAGUCCAAAUGCUAUAUGAUGAUACGUUUGUACAGAGCAGCGUGAAACUUUCGGAAAGCACAAACCAAUAUCUUUUAGCACUGUUACAAGCUGCUGAGUUAAGGUUCGCAAAUAUAAUGGAUCCUGUCAUUGAACUAGUAUUGACGAAAACAACCCGUGUGGAUGACAAGUUUCUUUUUCUAGAUCGGUCUGGUGAGGUCAACUAUUAUCAAUCAUUGCAAUUCCUGAAGGAUGGAGCUCCAGGUUAUGGAAUACAUUUUGGAGAUGCAGAUCUCGUGUUAUUUGUAACAGGCCGGUCUGUUGAACCUGCAUUAUUAAGGCCAGAUGGCUCUUGGAUUGGUACGCCCAAAAUAGGUGGUGUAUGCACGGGUGACAAAUUCGGCCUCGUUUACGAUGACGGAAACUCUUUCAGCAGUGCAACUGACUUGGCGCAACAGAUAUCAUUUCUAUUGGGCGCGGAAAGACCUGCGAAACACGACGGCUCCCUUUUGUCCCAAGCCGGCGGGGGAUCCCGAUAUUAUGGCCUCAGCGAAGAAGGCAAAAGAGCGAUCCUCGAGCAUUACAAGAAGUAUCAUAAGUUAUCAAGCUGCUGCUGGAAAGACAGACCAAGGCCAAUUCAACCAAAAUAUCCAGCUGACUUUAUGUUAGACAGAAAUGUGGAUAUAUGUGAAGCAUCCUAUGGAACCUCCUACAAAGAAUACCCGGUGCAAACAGAAGGCCGACGGGUUUCUGCUCAAUGCCGUAUAGCGUGCCGCAAUGAUGGUGGUGAUCGCAUACGUGUACGUGAGGCAUUCGUGCCUGAUGGAGCAAAAUGUGGUUCAGAAGGUCAAAUAUGUGUUUACGGAUGGUGCAUAAAUAGAAUUGGGGACUACCUAUCUCCGCCUGGGCUUGCGAUUCCAGCGAUUGCAGGAGGAACACCCUUCGACUGGGAUAAAUUAAAGUUGGAAAUAGAGUCUGAAAACGAAGAUGAAACAUAG